CGGUGGCCAUUCAUUUAUAAGUAGAAUUGGUCAGUUGAAUUUACCUUUUCGUACGCCAAAGUCCAAGCCAGUUCCGCCAGUUCUCUCAAAUCAAUUUGCCGUGGGAGCUUUUUUUGGGCCCUCUGCCGCCCUCCUCCUUCCUCCGAAUCAUCCCCGAAGGGAUCGAGAAGAACAUCAUGGGAAGCAAAGCUCCGAAUUGGGCAGACCAGUGGGGAGCGGGUGGGUGUGGGAGCGAUAGCGAUAAUGAGCAGGUGAAGAAGCAAGGCGGCGGCGGCGGCAAGAUGGCGAAUGCCAAAGCGAAAGCAUCUGCGGGAAUGGACAAAGCGAAAGCAGCGGCAGUGGUGGGUGCUGACAAAGCCAAGGAGGCGGCGGUAGUGGGCGCCAUGAAACUCAAGAGCGGCACCUCUGCUGGUCUCAAAUGGAUGAAGAAUCAAUACCGCAAGAGGACUUCUCCCUCCGAGUGAACCCAGUCCCGUUCUCCGCCUUCACCUUCCAAAAUUAUGAUCACAUCAGUCGACACUCUUGUUUUUGUUCUUAGCUUUCAUAUGCAUUCUGGCCUUCCCAUACGCGCUAGACUCGUUUUGCUUUAAACUCUAGACACGUUUUGCUUUAAACUUGCUCAAAUACAGUUGCACUUCCAAUAUCACAUCUGUUGAUUCAUCUUUUAAUUCAAAUCGAACAAGCAACCCUUCUCAA